AUGGCUCCAAAGGUUCAACAAACUAAAGCUGCUAAAGCUGCUGCCGCUUUAGCUGGUGGUAAAAAAGGUAAAAAGAAGUGGAACAAAGGUAAAGUUAAGGACAAGGCUCAACACGUUGUCAUCUUGGACCAAGAAAAAUACGACAGAAUCUUGAAGGAUGUUCCAACUUACAAGUACGUUUCUGUUUCCGUCUUAGUCGAUAGAUUGAAGAUUGGUGGUUCUUUAGCCAGAGUUGCUUUGAGACAAUUGGAAGAAGAUGGUAUCAUCACCCCAGUCUUGAAACACUCCAAACAAGCUAUCUACACUCGUGCCCAAUAA